AUGGACCUGAGGUUUUUGUCAUAUCAUUAUGUGCCUUUGAAGGUCAUUGGACUAGCGAGCAUGAGCUCUUUUACCAAAACAAUUGAUCUGGCAAGGUUGAGUCAUGAGAACAUAGCAAAGUUUCUGGGCUAUUGCAGAGAGAGUGACCCAUUCUCGAGGAUGUUACUCUUUGAGUACGCAUCAAAUGGGACCCUGUACGAGCACCUACACCAUGGAGAAGAGGCCCAAUUCUCUUUGCUCAAACGAAUGAAAAUAGCCAUCAGCAUCGCCCAAGGUUUAAGGUAUCUGCACACCGAGUCGCAGCCGCCUUUCGCUAUAUCAGAGCUGAACUCCAAUUCAGUAUACGUUAUAGAAGAUUCUACCCCCAAGGCUGACGACGUCGUCUACUGA